UAAUAAACUCCAAGUCCACCCACCUCCCCGAAUAACCCAUUUUCUUCUAACUUCAUCUAUUCCGUAUCAGCUAAGUAGAAAUAACAAUAUUCUCCAUAGCAAUAUGGAAGUAAUUUCAGCAAUCGCAAGCUUCAUUGCGAUCGGACAAGCACUUGCGGCUGCGCCAAAGAUCAUUAAUAUAUUACGAUCUGUAGUCGGGGCUAGGCAGGAGAUGCUUCAGCUCCUUAACGAGAUCGAAUUACUAAACGAGUUUGGUAUUCUCAUAAGAGAGACAAUCCAGCAUCUACCGCCACAUGACGAUCCAAGAUUUCAAGUACCCCAACGCGCCUUGUUACCAAGGAUCGAGACUAACGUGGCAUCGAUUGUAUCGCAACUCGACGAGCUUUGCCGUGAAUGCCAGCGGGAGGGGAAGAAGCCCGACCAAGUUAAAGUCUCUAGAGUAAAAUGGCUCUGGUAUAAAAGGAAAAUCACUUCACUGAGCGGAAGGGCGAAAGAGAAUCGCGAGUACUUACAGCUGAUUCUCAAUUGCACUUCCCUCUUUGCGUCAACAUCCAAUGGGAAGAUGCUCUUAGAUAUUCACACAAUAGUAACAACUCAAGUACAGCAAGCAAUCCUCACCCCGCCUCCUUUGCAGUUCAUCGACCAGGAACAUCAUGACAAUGAGAGUGGAACUCGCAUUAUUACCGACGAUGAUAGCUCUGAGGCGAUAGCUAGUAGUAUCGAUACUACCAUGACACAAGAAAUGUCUUCGCAACUGACUUUAUCAAACGUGUCCAGAGAGGGCCCGCUGUAUAUGAACUACAAUUCGGAACCGAUCGGGAAUCAUGAGCCCAUGGUACAAAUCACGGCUGCGUUGCGAAGAGCCUGCACCAAAGAUUGUGCAUGCCAAUGCCACUCAUCUACUUCCCGAAUCAGACCACAUCCUGCCACCUCAGUCAUAUACGGAUGGCUUAAGUCUGUUUAUAAUGGUGCUCCACGACUCGGUGCGCAGAGUUGUGAUGUGCGUACCUGCCAACGGGCUCGCUCACCUCGUCACUUCAACUUUCGCGUUCCUCUCCUCUUCUGUUCUCGGGCGCUCGAAGCGACUUUGUCCUUUAGUAGUAUUACCGGCGCCGGUGCUUCCCUUCACCUACGUGUCCCACGCAUGCUUCCGACUAAUAAUGCAUUUAUUUUUCAUUAUAAGAAUAAAAAUUACGACGGGAUGCUUUGGGAGUUAUCUUACAGUAGGUUAUCUCCUCUUGACUGUAUUGGGAACUAUGCUAUUCUAUAUAAACUUCUCGAUUCAAGACAUAUAUAUGUAAUACCAACCCUCUUAGACGGCGCGAGGUCAAUUGUUAGGGGCACUGAUACUGGAAAACAAGCAGCAAUAAUAGCUAGAAAUUGGAUGGGCUUCAACGAUCUGGACAACAGAGAGCAGGCCAUCCUACGAGAAGUCAUUGCACUUGAUGACGAAAGUGCGUAUGAUUCCUGGCCAGUUCAUGAGGCAAUACGAACCGGCGGUAAUUUAAUCGAAGCUCUAAAGGAGUCACCAGAAGACAUCGACGUACUUGAUGACACUGGAAACACCCCUCUACAUCUGGCCGUGGUAAGACGUGAUAAUGCGGCGAUGCAAAUUUUAAUAUCCCAUGGUGCAAACAUGAAUUCUGUUGAUAUAUUCUAUGAUACGCCGUUAAUGUUAGCGACAAGGUCCUUAUACUACGAUCGAGCUCGGCUUUUGAUUGACAGCGGGUGUGAUAUAAAUUUUGUUAAUGAUUGUGGUCAAUCGGCUCUCUAUCUUGCGACAAGGUCCCGAUCAAAAGGAUCAGGAAAGACCACCAGUUUGUUACUACAUCGUGGUUCUAGCACUUUUGAUUGUGAGGGAAAUGCACUACACUGGCUCGCGGAGCGGAGGGAGGCGGCUGAUAUGGAGGAGAAGUUUCAUCUGUUUAUCCGUGCUGGGGUAAACGUUGAAGAGAAAAAUAUUGAUAACCAUACAGUUCUGAUGGAGGCGCUUUACGGUAGAAACGGACAUAUGCUUCGCUUACUAGUUGGUGCUGGCUAUAGGUUCGAUGAAUCCCCAAGUAAUAGGAACGCCUUGAUGGAAGCUGCGUGGGAUGGUUAUACGGAAAGUAUUGACAUCCUAGAACAAACCGAGUUCACAGCAGACGUGCGUGUGCGGGACGAAGAGGGAUGGACACCAUUAGAAAUAUUUGAAUGGAGAAUGGAAAGAGAUCCGGUGAAAGAUCCAUUCUACCCUCUUCUAGAAGACGAUAUCGAAUCAUUUUGGAAGUUGCUCCAGGGUGUCAGGGACCGCUACCUAGCCGCCGAGAUUCAGACUUUGGAAAAGGUCAUCACGCAUAUCGAGGCCGGAGAAACAAAACUUGCGCUCGAGACUCUCCAAUCCGUUAUACAGGAAAAGAUAGGCUGGAAUAUUCCAGCUGAGUACAGGACCUUCCGAGCCAUCGAUGUCCAGAUAAAAGAGGAGAUGGCAGAGGCUGCCAUUGAAUCUCUAGAGGAAUUCAUUGAGGUGUCUGAGGAGAUGAUUGGCUCGCACCCUCAAGACGGUGACUACUUUUAUAGCGAUGGUGCUUGGAACCAAGGGCUGGUGAUCCAAGAUGCGCUAUAGAUUAUAAGAAGUCUUGCAUGUGAGACUUUGGAUCUGGCGGUACACGCUCAUCGCUAAAGGAUGUUGGCGAACGGAGAAAGAGGUAUUUCUGCAUGGACUAGUUCGAUCCUUACCAGGUAUUCACGAAUCAUGAUUAUUUCCUCAUGUUUUCUUGUAAUAUACUCAAGCAAUAUACCGAUCUACCUUAUUCAAAUACCA